UUCAUUUUGACUUGAAACACAGAGCAGGGAAGGAAAUGGGAAACGCGGAUGGGUUAUCCCGCAUGCAUGCAUAUUUUGCUGCGGUAGCCCGACCUAGGGGGUCGGAUCUAGGGGGAGAGAUAUGUGGCAAAGAAGGGGGUCGAGUGAUAAGUGGCAGAUAUGUGAGAGCAGAGCUAAUAAACGGGCUCUGCCCGAUCACUAAAAUGGCCACCCCUGUCAGAACUACAGAUCACAAAAUGGCCGACCGCCAAAACUACAAGUCCCAGAAGCAAGGGGAACCCUCAGAAGGUGGAGCCGACUCACAGAUAAAGGGUCAAGAAAAACCAGGAAGAGAAAGAGAGAGUGCUGGAAGGAGCUAUGAACAAUAGAGAAAAAGACUAUAGAGAUUGACUGGAUUUACCGUGUAUGAGCUGGAUUGUUUGGACUUACCUGUUGGCGUUUGGACCUGGACCUACCGAGAACCCGAUUCGUGUACCGAACCCUGCUAUCCUUGACCUCGCCUACGGCCUGGGUGGACCAGGACGGAGAAACAAACACACAGGUACAACAUGGAUGCAGGAGAUUGUUCCCCUGGUACAGAGUGGAGGGGACCUGACCCCGGUGCUGACUGUCCCAAAUUGGGACAGAGUUCCUUGGCUAGAAGAGACAAGGGCCUGUGUCCUCAAUCUGGAGCAGAGGGCAUCACCACGCCUGUUUUCUACCCACUACCACUACAACAUGAUGCCCGCCUCCUUCUUCACUGUCAAGCCUAAGGUCAUCUAUGUGAUGAGAAACCCUAAAGAUGUGUUCACAUCCUCCUAUCACUACUACGGCAUGGCCUCCUUCCUGGUCCAACCUGGCACUCAGGACCAAUUCCUGCAGAAGUUCCUCAAUGGAAAAGUGAUGUUUGGUUCGUGGUUUGACCACGUGAUAGGCUGGUUGAAUGCUAAGGACCAGGACCGCACCAUGUACAUCUCCUACGAAGAGAUGAUAUUUGAUCUGAGUGAUUCUGUGUCAAAGAUCUCGCAAUUCAUGGGGAAGUCUCUGGACUCUGAGGUAAUAGAGAAGAUAGCAGACCAUUGUGUGUUCAAGAACAUGAAACAGAACAAGAUGUCCAACUACUCCCUGGUCCCCAAUGAGUUUAUGGACCGUAAUAAAUCAGAGUUCCUUAGGAAAGGAAUCGCUGGAGAUUGGAAGAACCAAUUGACUGUGUCCCAGGCAGAAUACUUUGAUGCAGUUUACAAAAACCAAAUGAAGGACAUCAAAUACAAAUUUGUGUGGGAUUGAACUGACCAUAUUUUUUUCCUCCAGUCAUCAUAAAUCACAUAAUCCCAAUAUAACCGUUGCUAUAAAACAAAUUAUUCAACACAUAAAAUGCAUAUGAUAGAACUGCUGUUUGACAUGUUGUAUCAUUAAACAUAUUAGGCCUAUGUCUCAGUCA